GCUGACGAACACAGAAGUCACAGUUACGCAGUGGAUACAGUAGAUAAGCAACGCGGCAACUAAAAAAAGUUUUCAUGGAACACAGAUGUUGUUCCCCAACAAUGCCGCCAGCACCGCGCGCGCGCGCGCACGUGUGUAUGUUUGUGGUUGUCUGUCAGUUCGUUCAUGUGAUUCAGAAGUGGAGCUGCGCACGAGGGCUGUACCUGUGACGAGGCUCGUGAGCACAGAGGACUAUAUAUCACUGUAGAUGUGCAUCUCAAGCAGCUCUAUCUCUCCAUAAACUGAUAACGGAGGUUUCCGGGAUUUCGCACGAUUUGUGACGAACGACGUUACCAUUGGACCCUUAAGGAGGAUUGUUUAAUUUAAGAAGUGAAGAAGAGCUGCGCUUGUGCAUACCGCAGGAGGGGGUCUCAAAGGACAGCGUGGCUGACUUUCUGCUCCCUUGAGGUGGGGGGGUGGGUGACGGACCCGGUGUACUCACCCCUCCUGGAUAUACUAUUGAUGUUGAAGAUGUUGAAACACAGCGCAGGGUUGCUUAUCCUGCUAUUGAUGUGUAUUGUGUCCACUCUGUGGGGUUAUCCCUUUAGACCCCCACUAGACCUGGAUGUGACCCCCAGAACAACAGUUCUCUUAAAUGGGCUGUUGGGCUGCAAGCGUUUCAGAGGCUUGACACUGAACUACAGUUUAUUAAUGUUGGAGGAGGAUGCAGACGUGCUGUACGUGGGAGCUAGGGGGGCUUUAUAUGCACUGCAGGCUAGUGACAUCUCCAGCAGCUCUCUACAGAUGAUUGACUGGGAGGCAUCAGACAAUCAGAAGCAUCAAUGUUUAAACAAAGGGAAAGAUAACAAGACCGAGUGCUUCAACCACAUACGAUUCUUAGAGAAGUUUAACAGCACGCACUUGUACACUUGUGGUACAAACGCUUUCAGCCCUCUGUGCGCAUACAUCGAUGGGAGAGAGUUCAAGAUUUCAUCUGCCUUCGAGGAGGGGCGAGAGAAAUGCCCAUAUGACCCCAGCAAAAGCUACACUGGCCUAUUGAUCGAUCAACAGAUGUACACAGCAUCUCAGUAUGAGUUCAGGAGUUAUCCAGAUAUCCGACGCAACUCUCCGAGUCCCACAUUAAGAACAGAAGAGGCUCCCACUCAGUGGCUACAGGAGGCUGAUUUUGUUGGCUCAGCGCUGGUGAGGGAGAGUGUGAGCAGCUCUGUUGGAGAUGAUGACAAGAUCUACUUCUUCUUCACAGAGAAGAGCCAAGAGCUCAGUCCAUACUUCAGCCACAGCAGAGUAGCACGGGUCGCACGCGUGUGCAAGAGUGACAGAGGAGGUCUUCUCACCCUACAGAAGAAGUGGACCUCCUUUCUGAAGGCACGACUUGUGUGUUCUUUACCCGACUAUGACUUUCACUUCAAUGUGCUGAGGAGUGUGUUUCUACUGGAAGGUGCCAGCCCUCAGGACUCAGUUUUCUAUGGCAUCUUUGGCUUAGAAUGGAAAAAUGUUAAGGGUUCUGCUAUUUGCCAGUACUCCAUUUCGGACAUCCAGUGGGCCUUCGAUGGACCUUACAUGGAGAGCAAGGAGGAAUCAAACUCCAAGUGGACCCCGUACACGGGGAAGGUGCCGGAUCCGCGUCCUGGCUCGUGCAUCACAGAUCAACUUAGAGCGAUAGGCAUCAACUCAUCCACCAAACUGCCAGAUGAUGUUCUUCACUUCGUCCGUCGCCAUCCGCUCAUGUACAGGCAGAUCCUUCCCCAAGGACAACGCCCCCUGCUGUUCAGGAGGAAUGUGGACUACACUAAAAUUGCCAUACACAGGGUGACUGCUUUAGAUGGUCAAACAUACCACAUGAUCUUCAUUGGGACAGAUGAUGGAUGGCUUCAGCGAGCUGUGAGGGUUAAUGAUCAACUCCACAUCAUUGAAGAACUGCAGUUGUUUGAGGAACCACAGCCAGUGGACAGCAUAGUCAUCUCUGAGAAACAGAUGAGCGUGUAUGUGGGUUCGCCCACCGCAGUGGUACAGCUGCCCUUAUCCACAUGCAAAAAAUAUUCCUCCUGCUUCGAAUGUGUGAUGGCGCGAGAUCCCUUCUGUGCCUGGGAUGGACUGGAGUGCGUGAAGAUUACAUCGCACAACAUCAGAGCCAAUCUGAAGCAGGACAUUCUGAAUGGAAAUAAGGGAUGUGAUGAAUCGACAGCAGAUGACCAAGUGUUACACCGUUCUCGCUCUGUCAUGGCGGGUGAUGAUGUGCUGCUUCAGUGUGAACUGAGCUCCAACCUGGCAACCCCUGAGUGGACGCUGGAUGGAAAGAAACUGCAGGGUUAUGGCCUAGUCUCCGGCUACCGCGUUGGAACAGACGGCCUUCUUGUCAUCGAGGCACGACCCUACCAGAGCGGUAACUACUGCUGCUUCGCCCUGGAGAACGGCCUUCAUGUCCCUGUGGUGAUCUACAGCUUGACAGUUCGACAGGAUCUGCCGCCACCUGUAGAUCCGACACAUCCACCAGCGAUCUUCUGGACAUCCCAGACUUCCCAUAGUGUAUCCGUGGAGGACUUCCAUCCUACCCCACUGUCUCCUAGCUUUGAGUUCUUGUCUCUAAGAAACAUGGAGGCCAUGUAUCUUUCCCUAAUCAUAAUAUUAGGAGGAUUGUGUGUUGUUCUGACAGUGGUCCUACUAUACGUCGGAUUCUGUUUACAAGGACGGAAGGGUAAAUACUCUCUGCAAGCCGCGGCUCGCGCCGAAAGGAAGAGAGGUGCCAACAUGGAGCUGAAGACCAUCUCUAGCCACUGCAAUGGCAAAGCUGAAGCUCAUGAUGGUCUAAUCCAAAUCGUUCCUGGAGAAGCUCCAACCUCGCCCAAUAAAGAUCUUCCUCCUGCUCCACCUCUCCCGCCACCUCCUUCAGAGUCAGAGUAUGGAAUCGGGAUCUCCGCCACCCUGCCCAGCGUUCUGCGCAAGAUGAACGGCAACAGUUACAUGUUACUCAGGCAGAACGACUUAGAAACCACGUCUCCUCUCUAUUACUCCUUCACAGAGGAACUCAACAGAAUCCUGGAGAAGAGGAAGCACACGCAUCUGUGCAGUAAACCCGAUGAGAGCUCGGUGUGAACAGAAAACGCAGACUGACUUUAACGGGAUCCUAAUGAUCGGAUGCCUUUUAUUGGAAGAUAAACACAGCUUCUCUAUUCCUUUAAAAUGAACAAUUGCUUCUGCAUUUACAUUUCAUAUGUUGAGCUUUUGACUUUCAGCACACUAAGGAAUAUCCACUGGUCGCAAAAUAGCAAAGGCUGCAACACAUACAAUGGAAGUUCUACCUCAGCAGAACUCAUUUCAGCAUUUUAACGUUAGUAUUCGGGUGGAAAGA